AUGGCAUCUGCGUCAAAUGAUAAUGCGUUGGAGGAGAAAUUCCUUCUCUUCUGUGACUUUGUGAGAAAGGGCUCGACUACAGCUACUGAUAAGACAAUUAAGCGUAUCUUCACAGAUGGUGGAAUUUAUUGCAAGGGUAUGGACCCGAAUCGCGUGGACAUUGAGUUCCGCGGGUUCGUCGGGAACACCAAACGGGACGUAGACUUUAAGGGCUUUGUUGAAUUCCUCGAAGGUCGACUAGCAAAGACAUAUGCUGCAGCCAAAGGCAUUGAGGAUCAAGCUGAAGCGGCGGCCACUCUGAAGUCAUUGGUGGAGAAUGCUACACCCCAAUUGCAUGGCGCUACGAAAACCAGUACAGAUGCUACUACAGCACGGCUGACCGAUGUUAAAGGAUACACAGGUUCAGCAAAAGAACGCUUUGAUCUUUCCACUGGUAAAGGGAAGGGCAAGGCGGGUCGGGAGGACCCGCCUCCAGCUUUCACCGCCUCGGGUAUUUCGGCUCCUAGAAAGUGA